CGCCCCUCUCCUUCCCCCACCCAGCAACCAUGUUUUGAGGUGGCUGGAGCUGCAGCAGCAGAAUUUCCCCCAAUCUCUGGCCAAAUCUGCCCUUAUUCAGUCAUUUCCUUUGCUGGGACAUUCCCCCUGGGACUCUGCCUGGGGAGUUGUCCAAAGGAAAUCCUGCUUCCUCCGCUGAGGAGCCCUGGCAGCAGCGCCUGCUUCUCCUGGGGGUUGCAUGGGCCGGCCAGGACCCUCUCCUCCUCUCCUCAGUAACUGAUAAGGGGCCAGGGAUCCCCAGGACCAGCCUGGCUGUAGCCAAAUCUUCUUCCCAAGAGAUGGGUUGUGGCCCAGAGGCAUGGUCCCAUCCUGGGAGGAGGAUGAGGGAGGCUUGCCUGUUUGCUUGGCCACCCUUCCUGACCCCUCUCCCUGCUCCCUUGAGGGCUGCAAGCCUGCCUUUCUGACCCCCGAAGACUUCAGGUCCCUCACUGGCUCUCUCUGGGGCAGGGAUGGGGGUAGAGGCGCACUUGGAGCCUCUUGCUUGGAGAAUGCCUUUCCAGCAAGGAAUGGUUCCAGCAGCAACCGCAGGCCCAGGACGCUCCACUUUUCCUGCGAAAACAUUUUUUCUCCUUAAAAGGAAAAUGACAGCCUGGCUCUUGGGGGGGGAGUGGGCACGGCUGGCGGCGCUGAAUCAGGCGCUGGGAGCCGGAGCGGCCCUUGGAUGAGCCACAUCUGGUCAGCUCCACAUCUGCCUCCUCCGAGGGCAGAGCGUUGAAGGGGCUCAAGGAGCAUCAGGGUCGGCUCUGGGGGUGUCCUGGGUUCCUUGUACCCAUUCCCUGGAGAUCAGUAGUUGCUCCAAAGUCCACCCCACAGAUGACUCUAGUGAGAAAGGAAGAAACAGAAUGGGGCUCCUUCUUAAAUACCCACAGGUCUGGUCUUCCAGUUUCUCGCUGGUUGUUUGGUGAUGUAACUGGCUGCCCUGGCUGGCUCUUGCCGGUCCCCGCAAGCCAUUCAAGGAAUCUGCCUCCCCCCAUAACUCCUGGUGGAAGGGGCAGCUUUGCCAAAAGAGGGCUCCUUACAUUUGCAUGGUGGUCUAGGGGGGCUGUCUGUGACCCCAGUCCAUCUUUUAGGGUAGGACACUAGGCCCCAGAAGUGAUGGGGGGCACUGGCAUGGGGCUUGGUGGCCUCCACAACCUUUAAGCGUUUUUUGGCCUUGCAAGGAGCUGUCUGUGCUGGGAAAGAGCGGCUUACCUGCACCAACAUUUGUCCCAGGGUCUCCCCGCUUUGGUUGGAGGCCUUGCAGCUGCUUUGGGCUUUUGUCUCCUGCUGCCUCUGUGUUCUUUGGGUUCCCCGGCUGCCCUGUUUCCCGUGGGCAACUAGUGCACUAGAGGGGCCUAUCUUCUGACCCAGGGAGGCCAGCGCACUAGACAGGUUGUUCAUGUGCCGCUCCAGUGGAUGUUCCCCGGGUGGUAUUUUCAGAGGCCAUUUGUUUUGGAGUUGGAUAGCUGUCUCUGGGGUACCCAUCUUGCGCCAGCUGGCAAAGCUGUGCUAGGGCACCCCGUGUUGCACCUUGUGGCCGCUGGGUGGAACCUACGUCUUGUCUGGGUUGCCCGCUGGGUUUGGCCCAGCCUGGCCUAGCUGCCUCCCUCCCUCCCUUCUUCCCUUCCUCCUUCUUUUCUUCUAUUCCUUCCUUCCUUCCUGUCUUGACGUGUUCUUGGGCCCUGGCCCAACCUCAGUGCAGGUUAGAGUGGUUCCCUCUCCCUCUUAAGUUGCAAAGAGUGAUGAUGGGGUCGGUCCAUCUGUCUGUCUGUCCAUCCUCCCGCAGCAAUGUCUGGCUGACAGGGCUCUGGUGGUGGAUCUGGAGUGCCAGCUCAUGAUCCUGGCGUGCCUCUCUGCUCUCCCGGAAGGGAGGAGUAGAAGGAGAGUGCCUGCUGCCUUCCCUUCCCUUCCUCUUGUUCAGUGGGGCGGGAGCUGGGGGAAGUCAUUCCUUUGGGGACAUAAGGUGCCCUGCAGUGGAGGAGCCUUACCCGUCCUCCCUUCUCCCACUUCUGGGGACUGUGAAGCAGGCGGAGGCUGUGGGAAGAGCGGCUAUGAGAUUCAGGGCUGUGGCGGUUGGCAGCGAGGGAGUCCGUCUCGAGAUGGAGAGUGCCCUGACAGCCCGGGACCGGGUGGGCGUCCAGGACUUCGUCCUCCUGGAGAACUUCACCAGCGAGGCGGCGUUCAUGGAGAACCUGCGCAAGCGCUUCAAGGAGAACCUGAUCUAUACUUACAUUGGUUCCGUUCUGGUCUCAAUGAACCCCUACAAGGACCUAGAAAUCUACAGCAAGCAGCACAUGGACCGCUACCGAGGAGUCAGCUUCUAUGAGGUCUCUCCUCACCUCUAUGCCAUUGCAGACAACGCAUACCGCUCGCUGCGCACGGAGCGAAAGGACCAGUGCAUCCUCAUCUCCGGGGAGAGUGGGGCUGGCAAGACCGAGGCUACCAAGAAGGUCCUACAGUACUAUGCCGUCACGUGUCCAGCCAGCGAGCAGGUGGAGACUGUGAAGGACCGGCUCCUGCAGUCCAACCCGGUCCUGGAGGCUUUUGGGAAUGCAAAGACCCUGCGGAACGACAAUUCCAGCCGCUUUGGGAAGUACAUGGACGUCCAGUUCGAUUACAAGGGGGCACCCAUCGGAGGGCACAUCCUGAACUACCUCCUGGAGAAGUCGCGUGUGGUCCACCAGAACCACGGAGAGAGGAACUUCCACAUCUUCUACCAGCUGCUGGAGGGCGGGGAGGAAGACCUGCUCAGACGGCUGGGCUUGGAGAGGAACCCCCAGCAAUACCACUUCCUUGUCAAGGGCCAGUGUGCCAAGGUGAGCUCCAUCAAUGACAAGAGUGACUGGAAGGUGGUGCGCAGGGCCCUGUCGGUUAUUAACUUCACAGAUAACGAAGUGGAGGACCUGCUGAGCAUUGUGGCCAGUGUCCUCCAUCUGGGGAACGUGCAGUUUGUAGCCGAUGAGCAGGGCAGUGCCCAGGUGACCACAGAAAACCAGAUCAAGUACCUGGCGCGGCUCCUGGGGGUGGAGAGUCCUUUGCUUCGGGAAGCUCUGACUCACAAGAAGAUCAUCGCAAAGGGAGAAGAGCUGAUCAGCCCCCUCAACCUGGAGCAAGCGGCCUACGCACGGGACGCCUUGGCUAAAGCCGUCUAUGGCCGCACGUUCUCCUGGCUGGUGAACAAGAUCAACCGAUCCCUCGAGUACAAGGAGACAGAGUUCAUGGGGUGGAGAAGGAGCUCCUCCGUCUUGGGACUCUUGGACAUCUAUGGGUUUGAGGUCUUCCAGCACAACAGUUUUGAACAGUUUUGCAUCAACUAUUGCAAUGAGAAGCUGCAGCAGCUCUUCAUUGAACUGACGCUGAAAUCUGAGCAGGACGAGUACGAAGCUGAGGGCAUUGCGUGGGAGCCAGUCCCCUACUUCAAUAACAAAAUAAUCUGCGACUUAGUGGAAGAGAAAUUCAGAGGCAUCAUUUCGAUUUUGGACGAGGAGUGUCUGAGACCUGGAGAUGCCACGGACAUGACCUUCCUGGAGAAGCUGGAGGAGACCAUCAAGAACCACCCCCACUUCCUCACGCACAAGCUGGCUGAUGCGAAGACCCGGAAGACCUUGGGCCGGGAAGAGUUCCGCCUGCUGCACUACGCCGGGGAGGUCACCUACAGCGUGGCAGGUUUCUUGGACAAGAACAAUGACCUCCUCUUCCGGAACCUCAAAGAAGCCAUGUGCAACUCAGAGAACCCCAUCAUCACCCAGUGCUUUGACAGGACGGAGCUAACAGACAAAAAGCGGCCAGAGACGGCAGUGACUCAGUUUAAAAACAGCCUCGCAAAGCUGAUGGAGAUCCUGAUGUCCAAGGAGCCAUCCUACAUCCGCUGCAUCAAGCCAAAUGAUGCCAAGCAGGCGGGGCGCUUUGAUGAAGUUUUGAUCCGGCAUCAAGUGAAGUACUUGGGGCUGAUGGAGAACCUGAGAGUCCGCAGGGCUGGCUUUGCGUAUCGGCGGAAAUAUGAAGUUUUCCUACAAAGGUACAAGUCACUGUGUCCCGAAACGUGGCCCAUGUGGGACGGGAGGCCGCAUGAUGGCGUGGCUGUGCUCUUGAACCACCUUGGCUACAAGCAGGAGGAGUAUAAGAUGGGAAGGACAAAGAUAUUUAUUCGUUUUCCCAAGACUCUGUUUGCCACAGAAGAUGCCCUGGAGGUCCGGAAGCAGAGCCUGGCUACAAAGCUCCAGGCGUCCUGGAGAGGAUUCCACCAGCGGAAGAAGUUCCAACGGAUGAAGCAUUCAGCCAUCACCAUCCAGUCCUGGUUGCGGGGGACUCUGGGGCGCCAGAAGGCUGCCAAAAAGAAGUGGGCCGUGCAGACCAUCCGGAGGUUCAUCAAGGGCUUCAUUUACCGGAAUCACCCUCGUGGUCCUGAAAAUGAGUACUUUCUGGACCACAUCCGCUACUCCUUCCUCAUGACCCUGAAGCGCAACCUCCCCAGGAACGUGCUGGACAAGUCUUGGCCGAUCCCCCCGCCCUCCUUGCGAGAGGCUUCCCAGCUUCUGAGAGAGCUGUGCAUGCAGAACAUGGUCUGGAGUUACUGCAAGAGGAUCAGCCCAGAGUGGAAGCUGCAGCUGGAGCAGAAAGUAGUGGCCAGUGAGAUCUUCAAGGGCAAGAAGGACAACUACCCGCAGAGCGUGCCCCGGCUCUUCCUCUACACUCGCCUGGGUAGUGAAGAGAUUAAUGCCAAAGUCCUUCAGGUGCUGGGAAGCGAAGCGCUGAAGUAUGCAGUGCCGGUGGUCAAGUACGACCGGAAGGGCUACAAGGCCAGGGCUCGGCAGAUGCUGCUCACCCAGAAUGCGGUUGUGCUGGUGGAAGAGUCCAAAGUCAAGCAGCGCAUUGAUUAUGCCAACCUGACAGGCAUCUCCGUGAGCAGCCUGAGUGACAGCCUCUUUGUGCUCCAUGUCCUUCGGCAGGAUAAUAAGCAGAAGGGGGACGUAGUGCUGCAGAGUGAUUUUGUCAUUGAGACUCUGACUAAAAUUGCCAUCAGUGCCGACAAAGUGAACAGUGUGAAUAUCAACCAAGGCAGCAUAACGUUCACCGCUGGGCAAGGCAAAGAGGGCAUCAUCGACUUUACAUCAGGAUCGCAACUGCUGAUAGCCAAAGCCAAGAAUGGCCAUCUUGCAGUGGUGGCUCCCCGGCUGAAUUCACGAUGACCCUGACAGUGGCCCUCGGUGCGGGACCACCUUCCUCUGACUGCACUCUGUAACCCUGGCCAGCGUCUCUCUGGGCGGGAGCUGCUUUGCGGAUACUCUUUCUAGCUACCAAAGAUCCCUCCCUCAAUUACAUCCUCUGCCUUUUGCCAUACCAAAGCCCCCGUCCUCCUUCACAGGCGGCUGCUGCUGUGCCCUCCUGGGCCCAGGGUGGCACAUCGGGGACGGUGCAAAUCAGCCGUAGGGAGAAGGGCGCAGCCUGUCGAUCAGUCCCCCUGGAAAGCGAAAUGCCAAAUUUUAUACCAAAAUAUUUUGUGAGGAAUUUUUCUCCUAAAUUUUUGAUGCUUUGUAUGAAUCUAUAAAAGAAAAAGCCAUAAUGUAAAUGAGAUUCUGUACAUAACUGCUAAGGCUCUUGAUGGUAUGUCUGCACUAUGAGACUUGUUUUAUGUAUGAGUGGAAGCACUGCAGGAGCGGCAGAGGAAAAGACCCUCUUUCCUGCUUCCCCCCUUGACUUCCUCUGCGAGGAGUGGCUUCCACAGUGGCACAGCAGCUUUCGCUUGUGGCUAGUGGUAGCCCAUGUACCGUGGCAGGGAAGCCAAGAGCCGUGUGUGUCUUCCUUCCUGGGAACCAUCUCUUGUUUCUUUCUGCCAGCAGCUGAUGCUGAAUGCCCCCCAAGCGUUGCCAUAAAAUGGCAAAUGCAUAAGCAGAAUUAAAUGAGAGCUAUUUCAGGAAUGCUGAGUGGGUCAGCCCACAACAGUGCUGCCGUGUCAGUCUUCGGAGGAGCAAAUAUUUGGGAAAUGUUAACUUUUAAUCACAAUGUGCUUCCCUUGCCUAAGGGAAUUAAAAGUGGCUACUGGCUUAAAAUGACAUUUUAGCAGGGGGGGAGGCUUGAAAAAAGGUGUCCCUAAAGCGCACAGCCACGGGCCCACAGACCCCUCGCCCUAAGGCCUCAUUUGUGUUUUGACAACUGUGAAUUUUUGCUUCAUGUGCAAGUGACUUUUGUGGAUAGUGAGAAAUCCGGCUGAACCAUCCAUAAUGCCUCGUGUUCAGUUUACCGUAACAGUUUGGGGCUUUAACUUUUCUGGCGUCUCAAAGCAGCUGGGACUCCUCUCUGCUGCCCUAAUAGAGGCUGGUCCAGAGGGUCAGAUUCUCCCAGGUUUAUUUGGGUGCCUUGAUUGCAAUGACCGCUCUUCCGGACAUGUUUUGCCUGGAAGGUGUUGUCACAGAGUUGUCGCUGUUGCUGCUCCAGCCUUACCUGCGCAGCUGAACAAGGCUUGCUCAAGGGCAGGGCAGCUGCGCAUGCGUCUGUCCCACCAAAGGCCGAGGUGCGUUUGUGGGCAUUGCUGCAGAGCCUGCUCCUGGCACUGCCCACUGCCAGCCUUUGGGAGUUUCCUUUCCUUCGCUGUGAAGAAUGCUGCCUCUGCCGGAGUGUACAUAAGAUUUAACGCUCUAUGCACUAUGCUCUAUAAAUCAAGAUAUACAUGCCAAAUAAAUUUAUACUAAACCAGA